AUUCCCGGUUGCACUCGUUAUCGCCAGCCGCUCACCGCAUCUUCCUUCCUGUAGUGAGACCUCAAAAGGAAAACAAAUCUAUCCAAGAAUGGUAGUCGCCUCGAUGUCUGAAGAAGGUGUACAGAUUCAGAAGGGUUUGUCCGAGUGGUGGAGUGAAGAGAGUGAGUACCUCCUUCAGAGAAUAGAGAGAUGGGCGGCCCUGGCGCGAGGCUACAAUCGCCUGAGGUCCCAAAAAUUAUCGAGGGGCCGUCUGGCCUUUGGCGAUGGAUUGGACGAUGAUGAGGAUCGAUAUAUACCGAGGGACUCAGAGUUUCUGAGACGAUCAGGGGGACUGAAGCAGCGAUCGCCUGACGAGGCGAGAAGACUCAACUGCUGCGGUACCUUUAAUUACCAAUCCAACAGCAAAUUAGACAGUAACUGCUUAGAGACUUAUCGGUACGAUCACAGUAUUUACUUCAAGACCAUCGGGGACAUUAGGAGAAGCAAGAGUGGAGAAAAUGUUGGAUGUCAACAGGAUGGCGAUCGGUGUUCAGAUGAUGAGAAGGUGGAGUGGGACGUGCGAGUGAUGAACAACUCCACUAGAGGUAUCACCACCGAUCGCCAAAUGGUAGUAAUGCCCAAUGGGGAAGUCCGUUGGGACUAUUUGGACCAAUACUCUUCGGAGGAUUGUGAUAACGACAGGACCCAUUCUUGGUCUGUCGUCGAUUUUCACAAGAAGAUGGAGAAAAAUUUGCCCGAGGACAAGCCCGAGGUUAUCGAUCUACGGAACGAUCAGGAAGAUCAGAGGAACAAUAAUGUUAUGGGCCAGAUCUCCGUAAGUAACAAAUCGAUGGAAUUGAAACCUCAGAGUGUGACGAGGAUUCUGAGUUUUAGGACAAAACGAUCUCCGAAGGUUGUGCGACGACCGAUGGUCUGUGGGGAGGGUAAUAUAUCCUGGCCCGGGGUCCUUCUCACUUAUACAGCAAGCCACGUCGAUCCUGCCGUAGUGUCUUCCCAUAAUCGAGUCAUCAAAGUCAAGUAAUACUUUCUCUUAAAGUGAUGAACUCCUAUGGCCUUCCAUCUACGGUUCUAUACUUUUGUAUUUCAAUUAAUUGGUUAAUCCCUAAUUAAGUCUGACUAUACUCGUCUUCAAUAAAAAUGUAUUGAACUUUAUAAAAACUAUGAUAAAACCAUUGAAUUUCUGCUCAA